AUGAGCUCCAACAUAAGACCGGGGACGCUUCUUCGACUCUGCUGGUGUCCGGGACUUGUGACCCUGCCGCAUGUUCCUACAACCGAUCUCUGGCAAACACAUAAGGGUGUUGAUUUUCUGUCACCAGGGGCCUUGUUUGCCAAGGUAGAAGGAGUCUAUGUCGCCAUUAGUAGCAUCCCUACUCAAAAAGCAACCGAGCUUCUCAAGCGAACCGGAGCACACCAAUUUCAAUCCCGGUGUAGAAAGAUACCCACUGGAGAACCAGGUCCCCGGUUGGCAAAGUCCAAAAGAUCCGCCAAGUUUGCUCAAAAGUCGCGGAAUCAGCCUCCCGUUCACCCGUCGCCACGCCCGUUGGAACUCACACGUCAGUUGUAA